UAAACUACACGUUAUUUAAUGUCAUUCUUGUGUGGUCGGUUGAGUGAUAGUUUAUCUGUGAAAAGCGCGUAUCUGUGUCAUAAAUUGUACGUAGCACGGGCUCUAACACUGAGUUAAACACCAGAAUUUGACAGAUGAACAUGUUCUGCCUUGUGUUUUACGUCAUCAGCUGUGUUAGAGGGAACACUACUCGUUAAUAUUACAAGAGAUUAACGCGCUACAACUGUACGAUUACUGUUGUAUUGUAACGUUUGAUUGUACUGUACAGCGUGACAGCUGCGGUUAACAAGUAUAAACAAAGCUAACCCGCUGUUAUCUGUAAUUAGACUUAAAAUUUAGUUAUUUUUCGAGAAAAACAAAGCCGUAAACGUUCCGAUUUUACGAGUAAAGGGGGAAGUAUUUUAAAAUUCGAAUUAUAGCAUAACAAAGCUUAGUAAUUAUCCUAUUGUCUGCGCGUUAUUCUACAGCUGUUACGUCAUAAUAGCACUUAGGUAUUGAGGAAAGUCGGCAUUCCGACGUGACAACUUAAUAUAGAAGCUCGGAACACUUUGCGAGGGUCGAUAAUUAUCUCCCUACCUAUGACUCGUCUCACACGUAAAGGGAGGUUAGUCACAAAGUGUCGACCUUGAUUUCUCUUUAUGCAAUUUCCACUUACAAAAAGGACGAAGUUCGAUUGGAAGGAAAAAAAAAUUUUAAAAAUUCCACGGUUAGUCAUCCGUUAAGUGAAAGCGAUUGACUCACAUACAGAUGAUGAUGAUGUUAAUUCGAUAAUUAGAAGUUUCGGCUGUUUAAGGAGGAGCGACUUAGGGAUUCGUUUUGCCUCCCCCUUCGCCAGGAAUUUCAGUUAUUCCCAUUAGAUGAGUAACAAAAGACUCCAUUUAAGAAGAAAAGAUGAUGCUGAUGAUUUGAUUAUUAGAAUUUUCGCGUGUUGUAGGGGACAAAUCCAGCUCGUUUUUGGCCCUCCCGCGUGUCACAAGUGCCGAAAACUGUAUGUUAUUCCUGUUAGAUGAGUAUCAAAAAUCAUUUAUGAUGCCAUUUAAAAGAAGAAGCAAUAUGCCAUAUGCUAGUGUAAAACGAUCCGAUUGUGCGAAAAUUGCGUUUUUGUCGCCCGUCUUUCAGCGUGAGAACAGGGUGAAUCACCUUUAAGUUUGCUCAAUACUGUGGCGAUUUUUUUUGUAUUUUCUUUUUUAUCUUCUAACUCGAAGAAAGGAUACGGAGCCGAACCUCUACACGGGAAGGAAGAAAAAAAAAAAUACAUGAUAUUGAAAAUGAGGAAAUGAAUAUGGUUAACGAAAUUACUGAAGAGUAUUUUCAACUCGGUUUUUUAGGAGGAGGGCUGCAACCAUUCCAACAAUUUGCAGCGAAACAUAAAAAAGGGGGAGGAAUCGGUUAAACAAUAUAUCGAAACAAAAAGGAAAUCUGCUAUUGAAACGUUGAAUUUCACGCGCUAUUGCUCGCAUUUUUUCCCCUUUCGGUUUUUCUAGUAACUUUUUCUCCCACUUUACCGCCUCGCCAUCUUUAUUUUUUCUGUUUGUGUUAUGCCACCUGCACUCUACCUAGUGUUUAGCUUGGUUUAUAAUGCAUACUAUACUAUUGUUAACGAAUAAAAAGACUGCAAGAAUUGCCGUCUUAGUGGGGAAUUCUACUCUGUUAUGCGUUAAGUUCUUCGUAACGAAAAUAUACGCUUUACGCGAAAAUUAACGGUCGAGAUACGUCAUUUCCUGUGCCACAUUCCUAAUUUUCAAUAGAAGUUGAUGGAGAGAAGAGGGGGAAGCUGAUGAAAUUAUGCCUCACUAGCAAUGACAACAAUUAUCUAUUACAUUUUCUAGAAUAAAUAUCGUUCAGAUCGUUGACCUCGUUAUGUGUGGGCCAGUAGCCACGCCUGAACUUCCAAGAAGUCUCUUUUUUUUACUUGCUUUAUCCUCCUUGGGUUCUUUAUGACUUUCCACUGCUGUUGAUCUCAGUGGGGGUCAUUUACUGAAUGUUACUCACUUCUACACCUUGUUAAACUUUAAACAGAAAGUUGUUUAUGACUUUAUUUAGUAGGAAGAGUUGAUAAGUCCAGCAACCAUUUUUAUUUAUCAAAAUUGUUAAAUUUGACAGUGCUCUCCAUCUUCCAGGACAUUCUGGAUGCACCUGGAGUGAUCCAUGCCGGCCUAGAAAAAAUAGCGAUUACCGGAUUUUCCAUCCUUAAUAUGUUUAAAUUUUUGUCAUCUUUGUAUUCUUCUUCCUUGUCUUGUCUGCAAACUGCAAAAAUAAAAUGUAUAAAUAUUCUGUCUUGUUAUUUCGGUCUCUGGCUCCUGCCGAGCAAUUUCCUUCCUGUCUAUCCUGUCUGUUAUCAUUAGGUAAUUUAUCAUCUUAUUCUGAUCUUAAUUAACUUUAAGUAAUUAUAUACAAUUAGCAACUUCCACUUGUGAGAAACUCUCAUCUAUGUUGACUUAUGUUACACUGUUCCUCAAAAAUAAGCAAGAAAAGGAAAACGAAAGUGAAACAAUGGUUGAUUCUUCAUCGCAAGCUAAUGUGCAAGCUCUUCUUGCCAUUUUUAGACAGAAAGAUCAGCCAUUAAUGGGAAUGCUGCAACCAGGUGCUAAGAUAAAUGGCAAUAAAACAGUGAACAAACUCUCAUCAAAUACUAUCAUCUGUGAUAAAAAUGGCAACGACACUGUCUCUUCAGUUGCAAAUAAUACCGAAAUUCUCAACAAAAUCACUCGGUCUGGUAUCGUUUCUGAGCGCAAGGGAUCUUUACCAGAGUUAAGCAUUGUUAAUGCUCUGUCAAGAUCUGUGGAAAGAAUUUCUCCAAAUGGUUCACCAAUUCAUAGCGCUCAAAAUACCAUGAAACCACUCAUAAAACCAAAGCCAAAUAUAGCUCAAAAACCAGUAAAAUCAGCUUCAUCAACUAUGAUCAAAUUGCCAAAGAAUGAUCCUGUCAACUUCGGGAUGGAAGAAAAAUUGACUCCAGAGGGUACCGAACAAAUUAAAGAACUGAAGCAACACAUUAGUGAAUUGGCAAAUGAAGUAACACAAGCAUUGGAAAAAAAUGCUAGUCAGGAGUCACUUACAAAUUCAAAAUUAGCAUUGAACAAAUUAGAAAAGAACUCCAAUUCAUUAAGCAAAGAUAGUUUUACAUUAAGUGAUAAUGCAAUCAUACAAGCAUUAUCUCUCUCUACAUUCAAAUUUGAUGACUCAUCCCUCAUACUAAAUAAUUAUAUAUGCUAUAGUAAUAAAAAGUUUAGAAGAAAAGAACUUCCUCCUAAGGAAAAACUGGGACCAGCUCCUCUCAAACCUCUACGACCACUCACAAUAAGACCUUUCACGGUAACAAAUGUGUGUACUUAUGACCCUCCGCCAUUGCCCGAACGAAGUCUGAAACAAUUUCAACGAUCAAAUACCACAUCAGUGUCUUCUUGGCCUCUUCAUUACUUGGAAUAGGAACAAUUGCUACACACUCAUCACUUCCUUUUUCUUCCUCUUCUUCAUCUUCCUCCAUUUUUUUUUCUUCCAGGGCAAUCAGAGAUUGCAAAAUUUCCUCAUCUGUAAGGAAUCCUUCUGUAGCAAGAUUAUUGUCAAAACUGCAAACGAGACUUAAUACAAAAGGGUGAUGAAUUUUAUGUUAUUGAGGCUUUGUUAAUUGCUAUGCAUUGGCUAUGUUAAUGUCAGUAACUAAUACUGUACUGCACUUUCUAGUAAACAACAAAUGUUUUAUAGGAAAAGAAGCAGCACAUGGUUUACUGGGUGUUUUGGAGUUCACUGGAGGCAGUUCACUGUAAUCGAGGUCUCUCAAAUAGAGAUUCAGAAUAAUUUGAUUCAAUGUAACCAAGUUUCCAUUAUAACUAUGUUUAAAGACAUAGCAGAUUUGCCAAGAAUAGAUUCUUCAGUUCAAUAAAACCAAGGUUAUAUUAUAUCUGACUUCAUUGUAUGAGAGUUCCACUGUACUAAAUGCCAUUCAGAAAAAGUUCUCUACAGCCAGCGAUAAUCAUUUUGUUUUCAAUGAAAGGGGUAUUAUCACUGUUAUAAACAGUACACCAAUUUAAAAUAACGUAACAUUUGUAAAGGCAAAUAUUAUUUAAUGGCAGUUUUAGACUACAAAUUUCUAGGUUAGUGUGACAAGACAUUUUUCAUAUAAGUUUAUUUAAUAUAAAGCUUGACUUACACAAUAGUUGAUAUCAUACAAGGUUUAUGAUUUCAGUUAAAUAUCAAUUCCAGCAAGACCGAGCAUUGAUGAACAUACUGAAGCUCAUAAAACUGAAAGAUCCUGGACAAAGGUGUAGAUUUCCUACAUUUAAGACCUUUACUGUUAUCGCAUAUGUGAUAUAAAGAAUUGCAUAUGUCAUAUAAUGUACACAUUAUAUAUAUAUAUUAAACAUUUUUUUUUCUCCAUUGCUAAUAUAAUUGUUUGGUUUGAUGUGAAACACUAGUUGGAUCCACUUGAAUAAUCAUUUAAAUAUAAUGUCAGAGUUUGUUCUUGUGUAAUAAUAAAAUUUGCUUGCUGAUUAUAAAAAUAAUUUAAUAAUAAUUAUAUAAAUUGAUAGAAUUAAAUUUUAGUGUAAAUAAAUUUGUAUAAUAUAUAGUACACAAGUAUGCUUGAUAAAGCAAAAUAAUAACUCAAAUACUAUUUACAGCAUAUCAUUAAAAUCAUCAGCCAAGGUCUCUUUUAAUGCACAUAAUUAUUCUUGUCAACAGAAGUAAACAAAAGUGACAAGUGAUGUGUAAUACAGACAGAAUAAAUUUAUGUCAUUGACCGUUUCAACAUAACAGCCAUCCAUAUUGAACGUUCUUCAAUUUGUCAUGCCCUAAGUGCGGGAAGCAUAAUUUGUCGACCUCAUUUUGCAGUUACGACUUCUCCUCUUCAACAGCACUGUGUAAUUUACCUCUUAGGUUACAAAGUAUCCCAGUUACGUAGAACUGCCGCACGACUCAAAUUACGAGUUGAAAGAUAAGGUCUUGUAACUGUUUAAUUUGCUUCUUUGACAGUCUACAACGAGGCAUUUAUCCAAUUUAACUCACUCUUUAAAGUCGUAUUUCAGAUCUGUUUUAAGCAAGUAGAAAAUUGAAGGAAAAGAAUGGUUGAGAAUAUCAGUAGUUGCUACUAAAGACAUUAAGCAUUUAAAAUAAUUGUAAAAUUAUACUUUAGUCUGGGUUAAGCUACUUUUUUUUACUUAAGUAAGACAUUAAGUUGGGUUAGCAUCGCACACAAAUAGAGAAAACACUUGGAAAAAUUGUUUAAAACAGUGUUUUUCCUGUUUUUAACAUUAAAAUUUACAAAGACAGACAAGCAUUUGAAAACUAUUAUCAUUUUCUUGACCUAAAUACAAAAGUUGGAUAAUUACAUACAAGUGUAUUAUGUGUAAUAAGUUAAUUAAAUGUAGUAAAAACAAUUUUUAGACAAGGAAAUUCCAUUCUGAGAAAGGUUCUCUGCUUUUAAAAUUUUACAAGUAAAAAUAAUUCCUGUCUGAUUGAUAAUGCACUGAUCUGAUCCGUAACAUUUAUAAAUCUUGUCACUCCUGAAUUUCAGGUAUCUCGAUCUCUUUUUUACCACCAAUAUGUAUUUUUAAUUAUGGCCUAUUCACCUCAAUACAGAAAACUGGUAAGAAGUUUUUAAAAUGCAUUAGAAGAAUGGAGAAUUUAAAAAUAUUGUAAAAGUUAAAAAAGUAAUAAAAAUGAAAUUAAUGUGGGUACAUGUAGAAAUGUGUGAUUUCUUGUCAUUUCCCUUGUGGGUUUGGCAGCGACCCAAAAAGUAUAAAGGCAUUACUUAUCUAAUCUUUGAAUCUAUAUGACAUCCGUCUUCCU